AUGGCUCCUAAAGUCAACAACAAACAGCAAUCGGAGGAAGACCUUCUUCUCCAAGACUUCAGCAGAAAUCUCUCGACAAAGUCCACUGCGCUGUUCUACGCAAAUGCACUUAUUGUUUCUGCCAUUCCAAUCUGGUUGUUCUGGAGGAUUUGGCACAUGGAUCUGGUCCAAUCUGCAAUUCUAUACACCGUGAUGACCCUGAUCAGCACCUAUCUGGUGGCCUUCGCCUACAAGAAUGUCAAAUUUGUGCUCAAACACAAAGUUGCUCAGAAACGUGAGGAUGCCGUUUCCAAAGAGGUGACCAGGAAGCUGUCAGAGGCCGACAAUCGCAAGAUGUCCCGCAAGGAGAAAGAUGAAAGAAUCCUGUGGAAGAAGAAUGAGGUCGCCGACUAUGAGGCCACCACCUUCUCCAUCUUCUACAACAACACACUUUUCCUGGUGCUCGUCAUCGUCGCUUCCUUCUUCCUGCUCAAGAACUUCAACCCCGCUGUCAAUUACUUCUUGUCAAUCGGCGCUUCCUCCGGACUCAUUGCGCUGCUGUCGACCGGUUCCAAGUAA